GAGACAUUUACAACCAGAGACUGAGGACUACCCUGGAGACUCUUCUGAACCUGACACUGAAGACAGUGCUGAUUGGAUGGAGACCAGAGAACCAGCUUCAAAGUCUCAGAGAAAUAAACAAGACCCUGUCAGUGAUUCAAGACGUGGUGCUAGAGAGAAAUGCUUUAGAUGCUCACAGUGCGGGAAAGAAAAUUGCAGCAAGAUACAUCUGAAUAGACCCAUGAGCACCCACACAGGAGAGAAACCAUUCAGCUGCUCAGUUUGUAACAAUUCUUUUACACAGAAAUCAAAUUUAAAGACACACAUGAGAAUCCACACAGGAGGGAAACCAUUUAGCUGCUCAGUUUGUGACAAUUCUUUUACACAGAAAUCAAAUUUAAAGACACACAUGAGAAUCCACAGAGGAGGGAAACCAUUCAGCUGCUCAGUUUGUGACAAUUCUUUUACACAGAAAUCAAGUUUACAGAAACACAUGAGAAUCCACACAGGAGGGAAACCAUUCAGCUGCUCAGUUUGUGACAAUUCUUUUACACAGAAAUCAAAUUUAAAGACACACAUGAGAAUCCACACAGGAGAGAAACCAUUCAGCUGCUCAGUCUGUGAGAAGUCUUUCACACAUAAAGGAGAUUUAAAGACACACAUGAAAAUCCACACAGGUGAGAAACCAUUCAGCUGCUCAGUUUGUGACAAUUCUUUUACACAGAAAGGACAUUUAAAGAAACACAUGAGAAUCCACACAGGAGAGAAACCAUUCAGCUGCAGUAUUUGUGACAAAAGAUUCACCUGGAGUCAUAAGAUCAAAAUCCAUAAGUGUGUUGGUCGUCAGUCCUCACAGCUUCAUCAAACUCAAACUGAGGAGAACAGAGAGGCAGAGCCAGACUGA